AAGAUUUUGCAAGUUUGUCUUGUGUCAUUUUUUGACAUAUAUCAUAUCAAAUUUAUAGGUUAAGAAGGGAAGGUGGUGUCAUAUAUUUGAGUUUUCAGAACUACAAAACAAAGUGAACAGUGCAAAAAUAUUUCAAGUUUUAUCCGUGUUUAAAUAUUAAGUUUGGUCCUAGUGAUAGUCAACUCAGUUUUACUAAUAGAUAGAACGAUUUAAUAAUUUAUCAUUGGAAUACUUAUACAUCCUCCUGUUGUAUGAAUGUCAAUUUUUAUUUUAAGAAUAAGGAUACUGAUAGUUUCUAUGAAUUUGAUAGGAAACUGUCAAUACUGCUAUUUUGCUUAGGUUGAAAGCUAUCCGGCCUCGCAUCGUUUUGCUGCUAGUUGCGACUUAUAUGUAAUGGUUUUCCCAGUGGUUUUCCAGAUCUAUACGAAAAACCAACAUUAAUAUAUCUGUGAUAAUUUAAAAUGUGAUUGGGAGCUUCUCAAAAGAAUUCACGUUAUACUUACACGAGUAUUUAAUUAAAUGGUCUCAUCAAAUUAACAAUUAACGACGGUCUCAAAAUGGAUAAAGGAGAUCACAAACAGAAAAAUUCCAAACGUCACACGGACGCGCACGUGAACCGCCAUAAUAUAAACGUAAAUUCCAGCUCGGGAGUUUUGAUGGUCGGACCCAAUUAUCGAGUCGGUAAGAAGAUCGGCUGUGGUAAUUUUGGUGAAUUGAGGUUAGGUAAAAAUUUAUAUAAUAACGAACAUGUCGCCAUUAAAAUGGAACCGAUGAAGUCGAAAGCGCCGCAACUUCAUUUAGAAUAUAGAUUUUAUAAACUAUUAGGUAUUCACGAAGGUAUACCAGAUGUUUAUUAUUUCGGACCUUGCGGUAAAUAUAACGCUCUAGUUAUGGAACUACUCGGACCUAGUUUGGAAGACUUGUUUGACAUGUGUGAUCGAAAGUUUUCUUUAAAGACUGUGCUCAUGAUCGCAAUUCAGUUGCUACAUCGUAUAGAAUACGUUCAUUCUAGACAUCUUAUUUAUAGAGAUAUAAAACCGGAAAACUUCCUUAUCGGAAGAAGUAGUACUAAAAAAGAAAAAAUCAUCCACAUUAUAGAUUUUGGUUUAGCCAAGGAAUAUAUCGAACACGAAACGAAUAAACACAUACCAUACAGAGAGCACAAGUCUCUAACAGGUACCGCUAGAUACAUGUCGAUAAAUACUCAUUUAGGUAAAGAGCAAUCGAGACGAGACGAUCUUGAAGCGUUGGGACAUAUGUUUAUGUACUUUUUAAGAGGCUCAUUACCUUGGCAAGGUUUAAAAGCGGACACUUUGAAAGAAAGGUAUCAAAAAAUAGGAGAUACGAAACGUGCCACUCCGAUUUUUCUCCUGUGCGAAGGCCAUCCCGAAGAAAUGAGAAUAUAUCUGGAUUACGUGAGGAAAUUAGACUUUUUCGAAACUCCCGAUUAUGAAUAUCUAAGGGAACUAUUCGUUUCUUUAUUUAAUAAAAAAGGUUACGUCGACGAUGGAGAAUUCGAUUGGUCGGGGAAAAUAAUGAGCACCCCGAUAGGUACACUCCAAAGUAAUAAUAGUAAUAACCAAAAAGUGGUCGUGUCGCCUAACAGAGAUAGGCAAGUUCAACACAAGACAAAUAAAACUGGUUGGCCGGAAACUUCGAAACAAAGCAAUUUAACGAAACUAGCACCGGUAGACUGUCACGGAUCGGUCCAGGUUGUGAGCUCCACCAACGGAGAAUUGAACACUGAUGAUCCGACUGCAGGUCACAGCAACGCACCCAUCACGCAAGCGCACGAAGUCGAAACCGUAGACGAAACAAAAUGUUGUGGAUUCUUCAAACGGAAGAAGAAAAAAGUCGUUCGAUCCAAAUGACUACAGUACAGUGAAACAGAUCAGCAGCUAGUACUAUUGUCGUCUAGGCGUAGCAACGCUACGUUGAACUGAGAUUCUCGUAUGAACGACCAACGUCAAAUUGUUAAUUAAAAUAUUUAUAGUAGAUAAGAAUAGUCCUGAUUAAACUUAAGAUUAAGUCCUAUCAUAUCUCCGUGAGGUUUUGUUUGGGGGCCUUACUCGCGCCAACAUAAAAAAAAACGAUCUAUUUAGUAUUUUUUUUUUUUUGUAAUUUUCCGUAUCAACGCUUAACCCUUAAUUUGGCAACGAUCUAAUUUAUUGAUUAAACAAAAUUUUUUGUUUAAAUUGUUCUUUAAGGUCUAAAUAAACUAAUUGGGUUCAUUUUUUGAUGAGAUAUGCAAUAUGUAUCUUGCCAAAUAAGCUGGUUUAAGGUUGGCGGCAGAAGUAAUGGAAACAACAAUCGACUGGUCCAUCAUUGUCUCAUCCUUUGACACUUCUGGAGCUUGUGAUGCAUCCUCUGCAUCAAAACGUUCUUCAACGUAUAUAUCUAAAACUUUUCUCGCUGCCUGAAGUAAUACAUCUUCAUUCUCCCAUUCUCCCUCAUCUCCAGAGUCCGCCUUUGGCUUGGAAAGUGGAAAGAAUCAUAAGUAAUGUUCAAACCAUUAGCCGAAUUGGCAUCCUACAGGAUACAGAUGGUAAAACGUAAUUUUCUAGGUCAAUAUCAAUUGAAUUGAUUCAGUUUUUGUUCAAACAGAUGUUUACAUGUCAAUACAGUGGUCGAGGAAUACUUCCGAUCUUUUCUUCAAUAUUGUUUCUUAAAUCUGUCAAAUUUCGUGGUUUAUUCUCGUAGACCUCGCUCUUAAGAUAACUCCACAAUAAAAAAUCGGGUGGGGUCAAGUCAGGGCUCCGAGGUGGCCAUUUAAUAUCACCUCUUCGUGAAAUCAUCUUUUCUGGGAACAUUUCGUGCAAUGCAGCUAAUGUUAGUGGUGUGCAAUGUGGCCCCAUCCUGUUUUAAAGAUUAAUUUGUUGCAGUUGCAGAAGUUACAGUAAUUUCUAUCUUCAUACAAGUAAGGCCCAGGACUUUUGGGCUAUACAACGGGUGUUUUUGUAAAGUCUGUGGAUUCUUUUCUUACUAAAAAAUGAAAAUGUGCCUCCUCAUCACUGAAGAACACGUUAAACAUUGCAUUCACAAAUUUCAAUCUUAUAACGUAAUCAUUUUUAUGUUGCACAAUCCCAAUUUUAUAGACGUUUAGGUGUAAAUCAGAUUAUGAGGUGAAUUGUCGGAUAAUCCCACGCUUUCUGACGGUGAAUCGAGGCUGCAGAAUCUGCUACUGACUGAAUGUUUCCGGGCGGUCUUGCAUUUCUUGGACGGCAGUGAUAAAUUUCCUCAAUAGUGUUUCCAGUAUUAUUGGACGUCUAGAUCCAAGCUAAAAUUGUUGCAUGUUGCAUUGUCCGCAAUGUUGAACCGUCGAACUCGAAUAAGUGUACCCGUGUACGGCGUGAUCGCAACUAAAAUAUUUAAGGAACGCGCUAGUAAACUACCCCCGACGCGCCUGCUUCCCAUUCACUCUUGAAAUAGUUGGAUCGUCUUGAGACACCCUGACAAAGUAUACUAAUUGAUUUAAGAAAAACCCCAGAGGUCCAUCGAAGUAAAAAAAAAACUUCAAAAUUUCAGUCUGUGACAGAGAUAGAAGAAAAUAAAAAAUACCACGUUGUAUACCCGAUUCGAACAUCUUUUGGGUCUGUUGUUGUUCCAUUUUGAGAAUUCUUUCAACUCAAAUAGAGCAGAUACGAUCGUUGUCAUGUAGUGAACGUGCGCCAACUCGUGAUCGUGGUUGUCAUGAAGAUUAGACAACUCGUGACGUUAAAUUAUGUACGUUGUUGAAAGUUUAUUAGACAAAAGGCAAAAGAUCAAUGGAUUAUAAUGUUCAUUGUAAACGCCAUGUAUAGUGAACAACUGAAAAAAGUAUUUUGGAUGGUAUUUAAAAGUGCCGUCCAAAUUUUAUUAGAUGAAUCAUUGUCCAAUCAAAAAUAUACUCCUCGAUCAGUUUUUAAAGAUUAUUUAUAAAAUUAUGAAUUUAGGUUAGGUAACCUAACCUAGACUAAAUGAUUUAAAAUUUCUUGGAUUUUUCAACUUUACAAAGUGUGUUAGGUACUAAAUUCCAGGUAAUACUCGUCACGAAUUUAAUUAUGUACUCGGACUACCUUUUCGUUUACCUGAGAUAUCCCCGUUGUGAGUUGGCGCAUUCUUAAAAAUCGUCACUCAUACAAAUAAUUAUAAAAAUUACUAAAUUGAUUGUUUUUUUUUUGUUUCUUAUGUUUUUGCACUUCUGUUUUUGAUUUCUCCAUAUCACUGUAUCGCGCUAUUUCUAUUAGAUUAAUGCAUUUUUGUGAGUAAGGUAAAUAGUGACAAAAACGUAAAUAAUUUAAUAAAUAUCGCAGUAUAUGUAAAUGUAUGUUUAAAACAUACUAAAAGGAAUUUUUUGUAUCAUGUAAUCAUCGAAUAACACUCUAAAAUAUGUUCAUUUUCUGAUACGGAUUACGGACGGGACGACUAGCAUUUUUGAAGCCAGUUGUCCUAAUGGCAAAAUGAGAGAAUUAAAAAAUUUUUGGCGCUCAGUUCAUUGGAAUAUUUCAAAAAGUACAAGAUGGUAAACGCUAUUACACUCGAGUAGUUCGAGUGGUGUUUGCUGCGUGGAGAUUCAUCUUGAACUUCUAUCUGUUGGAGUAAUCGGGAAUGACGUGCUCUUGGUAGCUGCUUCCACAAUCUUGCACUUCUCCAAAGAAAUUAGUACCGAUAAAUUGAAGUUCUGAGCGUCCGCAAGCAAAAUCGAUGUUCAUGAACCACGUCUGUAUGUCGAGUUGUUACUUAAGAUUAAAUAUUCAGCGCGAAUAUUGGAUACACCCUACAGCCAAUUACAAUAUCUAAAAAGUUACUUUCCGAGAGCGUCAAGGCUGUCUGCGUAUGGCCACGUGACUUACGCCAAUUAAAAAUGCACGCUGAGUGCAGCGCCAAAGCAUCGUUCGUAGUUGAGCUGCAUGAGACUAGCACACGAACUGCAUGGUGCUUAUGGUUAGCGUGCGAUCUGCAUGCUAGUCACGAUGUGCGAGAUGCAUAAGUGUGUAACCCGCAUUAGAUAUAUUUAAAUUCAUCGCUAACAAUGUUUAUUAGCAUUUUAUUCUAAUGCAACAUCAAUUUAUUUCAAAAUAUCCGGAUAAUUACUCAUUUAGUCAGGAUAUGGAUGAAAAGUUGUAGGUACACAUCCCAACGCCGGUUAGUGUUUACCUUUUAUCAGUUUGUAUACAUUGGGGAGCUUUUUUUUCUGCCCCAUCGUGAAAUUUUGUUGAAAAUAACCAAAAACAAAAUUCCCGAAAGUUUGAGCCCUCGACCGAGAUUUCCUGUGACACAAUAUAGGCUUAAAAACUUGAUUUUUCCAUGAAAAGCGCGUUUUUUCGCUUUAAACUCGUAUACGACGAGGGCUACAAGAAAAAAAUGUGGGGAACAAUCUCAGUCUUAGGCACCAAGUCGCUAAAAUCAAUAUUUUUUUUGUAGCUUCUGUCAUUCACGAGAUAAAAGCGAAAAAACGCGGAUUUCAUGGAAUAAUCAAGUCAAGUUGGACCCUUUUGUACAGCAUUAAAUUUUGAAAUGCCAAUGAGCUAUAGAAAUUGAAAAAAAAAAAAAUCAGGAAAAAAUUUACACUCCUCAGUCAAGAACUUACUAUUGAUAUUAAGGGCCUAAACUUUUAGGGAACUUUUUUUGGGUAUUUGUACACGUUAGGACUGAAAAUAAAAAGCUAGUAUACAUGAUUAAUGUUGAAAUCUAGAUAUUGCCAAAGCAGAAACCAAAGAACUCUCGGCCCUUAGUGAGAUUUCAAUUUUUUUAUGUGUUAACAUGUAGUAAUAUGGGCAAUUUUUCAAAAAAGUUAUACGAAUUUUUCAUUUUACAAAUACGUAAAUAUUUACAAUUUUUAAUUCUUUUCUCCAUCUAACAAGUUUCAGUUUUACUUUCUGCUACACUACCGGUCAAAAGUUUUUGCUCAUCAUAUAGUUUGAGUGACACAACAACAAAUACAAACAUCGAUUUUGAUAUUUAUUUUUCAAAGAAGAUGUAUAGAUAUAAUAAAAUAACAGUCUCUAAUUGUUAAACAUAUUUAAAUUUUUGAUUCAUCGAUGUAACCCCUUGUUCGAUAAAUAAUCGUCGUCUAUUCGUUUUUCAGAAUAUUCCAAAGAUGGAAAAUGAAUAUCGUACUUUACUUUUUAACUUCCCUGAUUCAAUCGGGAAAUUUUGACGGACAAAUUAUUAUUUUCAAUACAAUCUUCUUCCUCAAUUCUUUCAAAUACUCUUUCAAUAACUUCGAGGAACACUUGGGAUCCUUGUCAUGCUGAAAGAAAAAAUUUCUGACGAUCAGGCGCUGCCUAACGUACUAAAUUUUCCUUCUAUUAGACUCUAAAACGUUAAAGUUUGAUUCAUCACUCCAAAAACCUCUUUUCCACUCUUUAUACGUCCAGUUUUUAUAUUUUUUAGCCUACUGCAAUCUUUUGAUUCUGUCUUAAAAGACUUUAUCCAUUGCAACUACAAUUUCCUUUUCAAGUACUCAAAGGCAGAUCGCUGGAUUAAGUUAUCUCUUAGGUCUAUCAUGUAUACUGAUCAAUACAAUGUUUCUCUUCAGCGGUUGUGGUUUUCAGGGCCUCCCUGAACGUUUUCUAGUAUAAAGCCUACUAACUAGGACUAAACUACAAUCAUAAACAUCGAGAAAUAAUUCACAAUUAAAGUAUACUAAGUAAAUCAGUUGGUACUUGCAAGUUUUAACUUAUCGUACUCAUUGAUAAAAUACGAGAGCCGUUUUUUUUUCAACCUCCGAUAGCUCCGCGAGCAUGCGCUGUAGGAGACUGCGAUGCUCUCGCACUACACACUCCGCCGUUGUUGACAUUCAGGCGCCAGUCGGCGUUGUGCUACAGCAACGCCAUUAUUGAUGAUCCCGCCAAGUGUGAAUCGUUUUGUACAAGCUGGAGGUCAUAGUGAAGCAGAAAUCCAUCAGAGAAUAAGUUGUGUGUAUGGGGAAAGCUGGAUUAUGGUGGGCAAAAGCUUUUCACCGAUAGUGUAUACCUAAAUAUAGUUACAAACACUUCUUUUAAAGAUUUUCUAACUUGAAAAAUUUGGUUUUAAAAUAUGCAACAUCCUGUAUAUGAACUGACCAUACGGUAUCAAAUCCUGGAAGUUAUUUAAAUAAUUUUUAUCUUUUUAUGGUUGAUUGCGUGUUUCUUCGACUGACGCAUGUGUGUAUUAAUAAAUUUAUUAAUUAUUCACGUUUUUGUUAAUUUUGUUAUAAUCUUAGUUUACAGGUUUUUUUUUCGACUACUGUUUUGAUAUUUCGUUGUACAUAGUCUUUUAUCAAAAAUUACCUACCGUAUGAAAGAAAUGUUUAAAACCCAAUAGAUUUACAAAUUCAUUCAAGAGAUAAAAGUUUGUGAUCUGCAUCUGGAUGUUUGCAAAAAUGUUUUUUUUUAUUAUUUAAAAAAUAAAUACAUAUUUAUAUACAA